GCCGCGGCCCUGUCCCCGAUAUUACGUGCCCACUGCCGCUCAACUUGAACAGGCCCGUCAUUGACUCGGAACGUUAGGCAACCAAACAUGUUGACCAAGAAGCUGAUUCUAAGGCUCUUGAAAAGUCUAUGCCAAGUGUUAGCAGCACUCAUAACUCGAUCUGCCCAAAGAUUGCGCAUCCUCGUGACUUGCUUUCGACACUUUGUGGCCAAGUUGACUCGGAAGAUUCGCGGUUUCCCCAGGCACACUGGCAAUAAUGACUCGACGACACUUUCUCCUGUAGACUGUUGUACUGUACCGCCCAGUACUUCUGGUGUGCGAUAUCCCCCCGUCAAAUUACCGCUGCCACUUCACAACCGGCAAAUAACUUCAGCUAAUGCAGCACGCAGCGGCACGCAAGAUGUGUUGUUGUCUUCGAUUUCCUAACGCCAACCCGGCUUCCAGCGUUCCUAACACCGACAUCAAGCUUAUGCCAUUCGCUGCGAAUGACAUUUCACGAUACGAGAAUCGUCCUUUUGUAUCAUGUCCAUGGCUGAGAGGUGAUUGGGAGUUGUGUGUGCACCCGGAAGGUGUACUAUAUCUACACAACAACCGCAAGAGUGUGUUCACAGAAGCGACCAUGGAUAGCAACAUGUUCGGAUUUCUCGACAAAUUUGUGGAUGCAUUAGAUGAACUAGCACAAACACAAUCAGUGAAUCUCGGAGAUGAUAACGUUGACCUCGUCGUGCAACUAGCACAGAAUGAAGAGGGUGAAGUGUCUUGCUAUUAUUAUUUCGUCGACCACACAGAUCGAAUACUAUUUUGGCUGCACGAUCGCGAUCAAGCGACGGAUGACAUUUUUAGUGGGCUCCAGGGCGUCAUGGAUUCGAGCCAUAUUCGAUAUUCCCUGGAGUCUGAAUACUGGACGCAUUGCGAAUCUUACCCGAAACACCAGAUGGAUAGACCGAAGAUCAUUAAGGAACUGAGGGAGCUUGUUAUGCAUGCAAGUGCAGAGAUCAUUACUUCGGACACGUCCUUGUCGCCUUUUGAUGGAGAUGAACUCUCCAGAAUCUUGGAGUUGAUAAAUCAUCUAAAAGAGAAUGCUCUAGACAAUGACCCACAUUCCACUUGUGUUAUUGAUAGAGCCAAGUUCUUCAACUUCUGCGGUCUACCCUGCGCUCGUCUUGAAGCUGAUAAAUCGGUGUACAAGGACGAUGAAAACCCUCAUCCACUGACCAGUAUGUGGGUAGAUGAAUGCAUCAAUACUCCGCGGUGGAAAGACUUCAAUAAAAACCUCAUGACAGAAUGGACUGGGAUCACAAUCUAUUCCAGUGUCAUGUUAGCAGUAGACGUAAGUUUCCUUGCAGUGCCGAAUGUAUAUAUUGGCCAGUCGCAGUCGAUCGGGAUUAUCGUCACCUAUCUUUCCAUCAUCUUCAUCACCGGCUCCUUGAUCGUCUCAGUCCUGCUGGUGCGACAGAACCAAAGAUAUGGUUUUGAGUCAGCGGACAAAGCAACGGAUUUUCUGUCUCAUAUGACGGGGACAUUUUUCGGAGUGAGAGCCCUUGCCACGGUUCACAGUCUUCCCUACGCAAUGCUUAUGUGGGGGUAGGUGGAUUACUACACUAUCACCGGGCUAAUGGUCACCUUAUUCUUGAUUAGGAUGAUAUACUUCGCAAUCGCC